AUGGUUGUUCUCGGUUCCUCCGAUCCUCUCCGAGCGGUAUUCAGACUGAAACCCGGAAUGGCCAAGAAGGACGCCGACGCCGGUGGCGGCGGUGGAGCCGCCGCUCUAGAUAGCGAUGAGAGGGACACUGGCGGCGAGCCCAAGGAAGGAGCAGUGGAGAUGGUGGCACGCCGGCCCCGGGGCCGCCCCCCAGGGUCCAAGAACAAGCCCAAGCCCCCCGUCUUCGUCAUCCGCGACAGCCCGAGCUCGCUGCGCAGCCAUGUCAUGGAGGUCGCCGGCGGCGCCGACGUCGGCGAAUGCAUCGCGCAUUUCGCGCGGCGGCGGCAGCGCGGGGUCUGCGUGCUCAGCGGCGCCGGCGUCGUCGCCAACGUCGCCAUCCGUCAGCCCACCGCCGGCGUCGUCGCCCUCCACGGCAGCUUCGAGAUACUCUCCCUCACCGGCACAUUCCUGCCGGCGGCGGCGGCGGCGCCAGGGUCCGGCGGGCUAACCGUGUACCUCGCCGGCGGGCAGGGGCAGGUGGUGGGGGGCGCGGUGGUGGGGCCGCUGGUGGCGGCGGGUCCCCUGGUGGUGAUAGCCGCGUCCUUUGCCAACGCGACCUACGAGCGCUUGCCGCUCAGCGAGGAGGAAGACCACGCCGGCGGCGAAAGCGCCGCCACCCACGGCGGGUUCCUCGGCGGGAUGCCGGAGAAUCCGUCCUCGCUGCCCAUCGUCAACUUCCCGGAGAGCUUGCAACCAAACCGCGGGCAUCUGAGGCACGGCGUUUACCCGUGGCCGCACUCUCGCCCUCCCUUCUGA